UUCAUUAAGCUGUUGCGUUGUUUUCACCAAUUUUUAUGCAUAUUAUUUCCCUAAACCAGUGAAAACAUUCAGGUUAACGUAAAUGAACGUUGUUUUCACGUGUUCACUUGGUAAUAUUUUCUUUGUGUGUAGGGUGCACUGGGCCCUAUUGCAUAAUUGACCUAAUAAUAUUAGCUACAAGUUACAAGUUUAGAAAUUACAAGUACUAAUGUUUUGCGUUGCAUAAUAUUUAUUUUUUUGGCUAAUAAUAUUAGCACUUGUAUUAUUGGGAGCACUGGAUUUACCAAUAAUUUUGACAGCAGCUCGAAACAGAAUGAUGCGUCAAAAUAUCCGUCAACAUCAGUUUUGGCAGUUUUUUAUAGGUUACCUAUCAAACUCACGCUAGCGGAUUUACCGCGGGAUUGACACAUUAUUCUCAUCGAUCCGAGGGAUUAAGGCUCUGAUUCAGCUAAUUUAUUAUCUAUAAACAAACGAGCUUUCAUUGUGAGUAUAUUUUCGCAAAUGUCUGUAAAAAAAGUGAACAAACGUGAGGAGCAGAGAAAGUUGAAGCUUUGCAUUCUCGACACCAUUCGAGAACAAAAAAAGUGCUGUUUGGAUGGACAAGCAUUGGAGAAUAUGCUAAAUCAAUCGGUGCUCUUCCAGACGGAAAAGAACCUUUGUACAUUCGAGAUGUUUGGUGGCCAAAUGUUCGGAAACUUUCAAUGGAAAAACGAGACAAUUACAGGAAAACGGGUACUGGUGGAGGAUCGGAAUAUAAAACUAACGACAUUGACAUUCUCGUCUACGAUAUUCUUGGCAAAGAAGUUCUCGAAGGGCUAGUUAUUCCAGAAAGUAUGGAGGAAUUGGCGGAGGAAGAAUUUUUCGAAAAAGAAAAUCGAAACACAUCCAAAGUCUCCGCUACACAAUCAAUUAAAAAACCCCUUCCGAAGAAAAGAAAAAUUGAUCAUUCGAAUGGAGCAGCAGAAAAUGCAGACCUUGCUCGUCGCAAACUGCAAUUGACCAUAGAUGUUCUAGAAAGAGAACGUGAGUUGAAAUCUUUGGAAAUCGAAAAAAUGACGAACGAGAGUCAUUUAAUGAGCUUGAAAAUCUUCGGAUAUGAGCGUAGUUACGGUUUUCCAGCUUCAAAUUUCACACAAACUCUGGGAAACACUGAUCUUCGAAUUCCCCGCGAAAGCUUAGAUGAACCGAUUCAAGAAGAAUAUCUCGUGCAAAGUAUUACACCGGAUACUGAACCCGACGAUCAAAGUGAUGCAAAUAUGUAUGAUCAUGUUUUAACGAUGUAAAGGUAAUGUAAUGCGGUAACGUUCGAGCUAUACAAUAAAAUGUGCAUC